AUGGAUCUCAUUUGGAUCCAACUGCUGCUGCUGGCCUCUUGUGCAUCCCCUGGCCACAGCCUGUCAGAGGAGUACACCAGCGUCUCCAGGUUCAACUUCUCCCCACCCCUGCGCAUCCCAGAGGAGCACAACCUGCUUGUCCUGAGCACCAUGAGCCUGCCCGUGAUGCUGAACCAGACCCGCUUCCUCUUGGUGCUCUUCCACAACCCAUCCUCAAAGCAAUCCAGGAACCUGGCUGAGGAGCUGGGAGAAGCUGUGGAGAUCAUGGGCAAGGGCAAGAAUGGUCUUGGCUUUGGCAAAGUAGACAUCACGGUGGAGAAGGAGCUUCAACAGGAGUUUGGCGUGAAGAAGGCCCCGGAGUUGAAGCUAUUCUUUGAGGGCAAUAGGUCCGAGCCCAUCAGCUGCAAAGGAGUGGUGGAAUCGACAGCCUUGGUAGUUUGGUUGAGAAGACAAAUUAGCCAGAAAGCGUUUUUGUUCAACACCAGCAGUGAUCUGGCAGAUUUUGUGACCAUCAGACCCUUGGUCAUCGUUGGAUUUUUCCAGGACUUAGAAGAAGAGGUUGCAGAAUUAUUCUAUGAUACGAUCAAAGACUUCCCAGAGCUGACAUUUGCAGUGAUGGCUAUCAAAAACACCCGUGGACGUUUCAGCGUCAUCCUGGACAGUGUCCUUGUGUUCAAGAAGGGAAAAAUUGUCAAUCGUCAAGAGCUCAUUAAUGAGAAUACCAACAAACAGGACCUCCAUCAAGUCAUAAAACAGCACCUUACAGAUUUUGUGAUUGAAUUCAACACAGAGAACAAGGAUCUGAUUUAUGAAAUGCGCGUCUUUAGUCACAUGCUGCUCUUUAUCUCCAAAACCUCGGAGCCGUACGGUGUCAUCAUCCAGCAUUAUAAAAUGGCAUCGAAGGAGUUCCAGAACAAGAUCCUUUUCAUCCUUGUGGACGCAGACCAACCCAAAAACAAACGUGUCUUGGAUUACUUCCGGAUCACGGAGGUCACUUUACCAUCUGUCCAAAUCCUAAACUUAAGCUCCGAUGCCAGGUACAAAAUGCCUUCAGAUGAGAUAAACUAUGAAAACCUCAGGAGAUUCGGCCGCAGCUUCCUCAGUAAAAGUGCCAAGGAACAUCAGUCCAGUGAAGAGAUUCCGAAUUAUUGGGACCAGGGUCCAGUUAAGCAGCUCGUGGGGAAGAACUUCAAUGUGGUUGUCUUUGACAAGGAAAGGGAUGUAUUUGUGAUGUUCUAUGCACCGUGGUCUGAGAAGUGCCAAGCCCUCUUCCCCGUGCUGGAGGAGCUGGGAAGAAAGUAUCAAAACCACUCCACGGUCACCAUCGCCAAGAUCAACAUCAUGGCAAAUGACAUCCAGCUGACCCACCUGGAGCGGUACCCAUUCUUCAGACUCUUCCCCACCGACUCUCAACAGGCUGUGCUGUAUAAGGGAGAGCAUACCAUGAAGGGCUUCUCCGACUUUCUGGAAAGCCAAAUCAAGAUUAGGAUUGAGGAUGAGAAUGAGCUAUUGUCUAUUGAACCAAAUGAAGUGGUAGAGGAGGAGGGAGUAGCCGAGGAAAAAGAAGUACCUUUUAUGGAGAAAGAGUCACCUGAGCCGCAGGUGCCCGAGAAGCCGAAUGCGACCACACUGGAAGAGCCAGUGGGGCAGAAGAUGACAGCUAAGAAAGAGGAGGUGGUCACGAAGCCAAAAGGAUCUCUGACACCAGAGAAGAAACUAACACUCAAGGAGGAACUUUAG